UGGCUUUUCUAAUGUCUGAGCUGAAAUUUGUUUAUAAGAAUUGAGAGGCAGAGGCAUGAUUACUAAUUUAAAACCUGUCGCGAUUUAACGCGACACCCCGUUGUUGCCGAGUCUUUUUUUUUUUUGUCGUCUUCGUUUUCGUUUUCCAUGUGUUGCUUUUGUUUGCGUCAGUCACCGCCGCGCAUUUCACAACUCAGACCCCCCACGAGAUGGGAAUUUUUCUGGCUUUCGUUUUACUUGUAGAGCUGAAGUUUUCCCGAAGCCCCGCACAUCCUCCCAUCCCUAAAAUUUGAUACAUUUGACCAAAGCGCGAAGUGAAGGACAGGUGGUUUUUUUUUUCUUCUCUCCUCCAUGUUUUUCACGCUCGCGCUGAACAUUGCAGCUGUCAUCUUCUGUUAAAGGAAAGAAAAUCCAGCCACUCAUGCACUUUUGAGGCGGUUAUUGGUGAACGCACUCAUGAGGAAGCUGCUGUCGGCCACAUCUCACACCUAGGCAUUCGUGCGCGGACUCUGCAACAAUACAUGCUACCCCCGCUGCCCCCGCCUCUUCAAGGCAAAUGUAUAACUAACACAAACAUGACAACAGGUGGUACUUUGUGUAAAAAGAGAAUACAUCAUACAUCAUAAAAACAGCAUUUACUGGAAGCUCUCUGUCCACAUCUCACUGUUCACAACAGGGCGGUGUUGGUGAGCCUCAGCUUUGUCAAUGACUGUGCGCGCGAGGGAGGGCUCCCGAUUUGAACCCACUCGCUGCUCUUGCUUCAUACGUUGACAUCACGGCACACCAUCAGCAGGACCAAGAUGGACGUCAACCUGGACGGAUUGUUCCGGUUUAACGACAGCUACGACUACGACGACGAUUACACGUACAAAGAUGAUGACCCGGAGUCGCAGAGCGGGGAGGAUGUGUGGAUCCCACUGGUUUACUCGGCGGUUCUGAUCCUGGGCCUGUUCGGGAACGGGCUGCUGCUGGUGACACUGGCGCUGAAGAAGCGAGCGUGGAGGACGUCUGAUACUUUCAUGCUCCACAUGAGUGUCGCCGACGUCCUGCUGCUGGUCACGCUGCCGCUGUGGGCGGCGCAGGCCACCCGGAGUUGCGGAUGGUGCAUCGGACUGACUCUUUGCAGGAUCAGCGCCGUUAUUUUUAAGGUGAACUUCUUCUGCGGGAUUUUUCUCCUGGCCAUCAUUUGUCUGGACCGUUACCUGUGGUUGGUACACGCCAAGCAGCUGUACUCCCACAAGAAGCCCACGUUGGUCCACCUCAGCUGCUUGUCGGUGUGGGUCAUCGCCCUGCUCCUCACCGUCCCCGAGUGGCUCUUCAUGGCGUUGGAGCGGCACCCGUGGAAGGAGGAGAGGACCCAGUGCGUCCUCAGCCUCUACCCCGCCGACAAGCGGCUGGCAUCGCGCCUUCCCCACCAUGUGCUCAGCGCGGUCGCCGUCAUCGUCAUCGGCUUCUCGUGCGCGACUCCGUGGCUCCAGCGCCCCGCCAAAACACUCCGUAAGAGGGUGGUCACGCUCAUCCUGGUUGGGGUCUUCUCGCUCUGCUGGAUUCCGUAUAACAUCGCGCUUGUCGCAGACACAUUCAGCGGGGCAGGGAACACCUCCGACGGUUUGUCCGGUCUUCCCCAAAGGACCUCUCUGACAGUCACGGCGGCAUUGGGCUGCAUCCACGCCUGCCUCAGGCCGUUACUCUACUUCGCCCUGAGCGGCGAUUUUAGGAAGUGGACGCUGGCGGCGCUGAGUUGCGUCAUUGCAGAACCUAAGGGGUCAGUGUGGGAAUUGGGCGUGGGUGACGACGCCUCGCUCGAGCAGAGCCCCGAGACGGAGGAGCUAAAGCAGAUCGCCAGUGUGGAGCAGCAAGUGCAGUCUAAAAUAUCCACAUAGCGGGGGGGGGACUCCAAUCAAGUUUUGUACUAAUUCACACUUCAGUCACCAGUUUUAGAACUUGGGACUUGCUUGGGUGGAACAUAUGAAAGACUCGAAUCGACUUGACUUUGACUUGAUCUUCAUGAGCCUUGACAACUUUGACGCGAAAUACAGGCUACAUUGACUUACUGAUGCCCCAACUUACAAGUUUUUUUCUGUUGUAAGCUAUUGCAUCAUAUUUUUUUUUUUUGCAUUUUGUUACGAUACAAAAUUUUACACACAGGUGAAGUGGGGGAGAAAAAGUGAAGCACUGUAAUACACUCCCAUGUGGGCAAGGAAAGACAGUUACCAAUGCACUUUCAGCCAUUGAUUGAACAGGACCAACAGCUAAACACAUAAAUUACAAAGAAAAAAAAAUGAAAGCACUCACAAGGAGCAUGGAACAGACAU